AUGAAUAAAUAUUUUCAAAUAUUUGGAAUUUACUUACCAUUAAAACUAACACGAAAUUGGCUAUAUAUAACUACUACUAUAUUAUCUUCCAUUUUCAUAAUUUUACCAAUAAGUUUUAUUACAUAUAAUAAAUAUUAUAAUACUUUAAUUCCUAUAUCAAAUUCACCUUUUAUUAAUUUGAAAUUUAAUGAAAUACAUAAUAAUAAUAUUUUUGAUAAUUACAAUCAGGAAAAUGACAAUAUUUUAAUUUCAAAUUUAAUAAGUACUUCAAAUUUUGAAAAUUUUAAAUUUGAUGAUAAAUCUCCAUAUAUUUUCAAAAUAAAAUUGAACUUAUACUGUUCAAAAAAUUUACAACAUACAAAAUGUAUAAAUAAAAUAGACUAUAUUUUCAAUUCAACUUUGAAAAAUUCAUUUAUAUUAGAUUGUGAUCCAGUUUCCGUUUAUUCAAAUAAGAAUCAAUUUAUUCCAUAUGGUUUUAAAAAUUAUAUACCUUCAAAUAUAAUAAACUUUCAAAAAAAUAAUGAAAUUGAAUUAGAUAUUUUCGAGAUAAUGGGUGAUAAGUUAAAUCAAGAAAACAAUAAAAUUUUAAAUCUAGUUGGAACCAGUACGGAAUUUGAUUACAAUAAAUUAUUAUUAAAUAAUAUUCAAAAUUAUAUAAUAGAUGAUAAUGAAAGUUUCGCAUGGUUUGAAAUAAAAUGGACUGGAUUUAGAUAUUACUUGGUUAAAUAUUAUUAUUUCUUUUACGUGUUAGGAACAUUAAUAUUUUGGAUUAUAAGUAGUACAACUUCAGUACUCAUUGGGUAUGCUAUGUUAUGGAAAACUAUUUCAAAGAUUCAAAGAAAAAAUGAAAAAAGAUUACCUAAAAUCAAACAAGAACGUAUUUAG